AGGCAAAGCACAUGGCUUGUUCCAUUUUAAACAUGUCCAACGGUGGGGAUUAGUAUACCCUUAGGAUCUUUUCCAUAUCCACCUUUGAGUUUUGCCGGCCUUUCCUUGUGUUUUAGGUAGCAGACAUUUCCCUACCAUUGUUUCUCAUGUGACCGACCACUCAGUUUGCUUGACCUGGCAUUGCUUCUUCGUGUCCUCUCUUCCAAAAGUGCACUAUAAAGCCUAACUAUCUCUUUAAUUGCUUAUAAACCGAGAACUACAAUUGUCAAUCAUAUCUGCGCAAAAACCCUUCUCAAACAUUAAUAGCAAGAUAGGAAUAUCUUCGACGUCACAAGAGAUGGCGAAAGACGGUCUUGGACUGGAAAUUACCGAGCUCAGGUUAGGGCUUCCAGGAGGUGGCUUUGAUCAAGUGAUGCUGAAAACUGGCAAGAAAAGGGCGUUUUCCGAGAUUGAAGAGGAUCAUCAUCAGAAUGGGAAGAGAUCGAAUGAAGCUAAGUCUGAAAUAAUACCAAAAAAUCAAGUGGUGGGAUGGCCUCCAGUUUGCUCCCACCGGAGGAAGAUUAGCUUUAAUGGCCAGGAAUCAACAAAACUGUACGUCAAAGUUAGCAUGGAUGGCGCCCCUUUUCUCCGCAAAAUUGAUUUGGCUGCUCAGAAAUGCUAUUCUGACCUUCAGCUGAAUCUUGAAAGGCUUUUCGGUUGUUACGGUAUUGGAGAGGCGUUGAACGAUGCGGACAGUUCAGAAUUCGUUCCCAUAUAUGAGGACAAGGACGGGGACUGGAUGCUCUUGGGUGAUGUUCCCUGGACGAUGUUCAUUGAAUCAUGUAUAAGGCUGAGGAUCAUGAAGAGGACGGAUGCAAAAGGCAUUGGGAUUCAUCCAAAGAGCAGUUUGAAAGGAACCUCACGAGAUGGAUGAUACAUAUGUGCAAUUUCUUCCUCACGCUUAGUACUGAGAAGUGCUUGAGACUGAAUUCGGUGUACCCACUAUGACUUAUCUUUCCUCACAAUUACCUGUCUGAAACAGUAGUAUUUUAACUUUGAUUGGAUGGGAUGGGAUGGGAUGGAAGAGUUUCCUUCCAUAGAUGUCCCAAAUUUAUGUAAGCUGACAAUUUCCCUUGCCUCUUUAUAUGUAGCAUUUGCUCAAUUUGACGAUGGAUUUGUCAUAUUUGGAUUUUGUGUAAUGAACAACAUAUUGUGUUCCUUGAUACAUUUUUGGCUCAUGUAUAUAUCAGUUGCUUGCUAGGCACAUCAGUUUUGGUAAUAAAAGAUUAUCAUUAUGAU